AUGAUCCUUGACGACCCGUACACCGAGCCAGAGUACGUAGACAGGCGCCCUGGUGGAGACGAGCGCGUGCGACGCAUCUUUCGCUGGAGAGCGGAGCUCCCGCGCGGUACCACCACGCCAUCACCCGCCCGGCGCAUGCUGUUCAGCCCCAUGGCCAAACAACACGAAGACUCCAUCCACACCCCAACUCCCAACUCCUGGAGCAGGAUCAACAGCCCUGGUGUCUCCGUCAAGGCCAAGACACACGAAGACUUCCUCAAGACGCCCAAACCUGCUGCCACCCACCGUACAGAGGUGUUCGAUACAACUGUAACCUACGUCCUCUCGAAGCGCAGGGCCUAUGUCACCUCCUUCAGGCUUCCCCACGGCACGAUCUUCCGUGACGACAUUGAAAACUCGUAUCGCAUGAUCCAAGACCUCGCCGAGCGCUCGUCGCGCCUAUACGACGCGCUUUCUCCUUUCGAAGAACACGACGACGCACGCCUCCUCACCGCCCAGCUCGGGAAGGAGAUCGACAAGUGGGUGGCACACAAGUUCAGCCUCGAGCUCGCCAUGGCCACCAUUGCGCAGGCCGAGACGAGCGGCCAUCCGCCUAUUAUUGGGGACUUCAUGGACCUCCAGGCUUACAAGAGGAACGUCGCAAAGGUCGAGCGGGCGCCACUGGAGCUCGCGCUCCGCAUCGCGCAGCACCGCCCCUCGACCUCGCACCCAUUCAUUUCCUACACCCAACUCAAUAAGGUGGCCGAGAUAAUCGCCGCGGCUGAAGGGCUUGUGUUGGAACUCGCCCUCAUGGGCAUGGACGAGGCUCCCGCUUCAGGCAGCAGCCAGGUUGGCGAUGGCGACAGCUUCUCCGACGACAGCGGUAAGAAGCACUCCCUUCUUCAACGGCUUUUGGGUUUCGGAUGGGGUAAUUAG